AUGUCGACAGAACAUCAUCAGAAUGCCUCAAGUGGCACAAGUGUUAUCUCAAAGGAGUUCUCUGAAAAGGCUCCCGUGGAGACCCCGCAGGACCAUGAGCAUGCAUUCGAGGCACAGACCCCUCACGAUACUACCGAACCGGAACCUGAAGCUGGCGCGGAUAUAGAUGCCGAAGCUGAGAACAAUGCUAUAGAGAGGAAAGAGUCCGGCGCACCGCUGGAUAGAACACCGUCUCAGGCACAGAAAAUGGGCAAGAAGAAGAUCAUCCUGGUUAUGACUGCUCUUUGUAUGGCCCUAUUCCUAGCAGCCCUAGACAUGACAAUCAUCUCCACAGCCCUCCCCACAAUCGCCGAUAAAUUCCACGCCUCAGAAAGUGGCUACUCGUGGAUCGCCUCUUCAUACCUUCUCGCCAAUGCCGCCUGUAUCCCGCUCUGGGGCAAGGUUUCCGAUAUCUGGGGCCGCAAAUACAUCAUCUUGCUAGCGAACACGAUCUUCCUGAUUGGCAGUUUGAUCUGUGCCCUGGCUCAGAAUCUUCCUAUGAUUAUUGCUGGACGUGCAGUUCAGGGUGUUGGCGGUGGUGGCAUUAUUAUUCUUGCGAAUAUUAGUGUUUCGGAUUUGUUUAGUAUGAGGGAGCGUCCGAUGUAUUAUGGGCUUUUUGGAGCUACGUGGGCUGUUGCGGGUGGGUUGGGACCGAUUAUUGGGGGUGCUUUUACGACGGAUGUUACAUGGAGGUGGUGCUUUUAUUUGAAUUUGCCCAUCGGUGGUAUUUCAUUGGUGAUCCUCGUUCUUUUCUUGAAUAUUGAAUCGCCCAAGACUCCUCUCCUCGCUGGUCUGCGCACAAUCGACUGGCUCGGUACCCUGACUAUCAUCGGAGGAACUCUAAUGUUCCUCUUUGGUCUCGAGUUCGGCGGUGUCAACUACCCCUGGGCCUCAGCUACAGUCGUCUGUCUGAUCGUCUUCGGCGUCGUAGUCUGGGUCCUCGCCGGGAUAGCAGAGUGGAAGAUCGCAAAAUACCCCAUCAUCCCAUCCCGAAUCUUCGGCCAAUGGAACAACAUCCUCUGCUUUAUCGUCUGCUUCUGUCACGGCUUCGUCUUCAUCUCCGGAACAUACUACCUCCCCCUCUACUUCCAGACUGUGCUUCUCGCCUCCCCCAUCCUCAGUGGCGUCUACGUUCUCCCCAUGGUCCUGGGACUAUCAUUCGUCUCCGCGAUUGUCGGUGUCCUGAUGAAGAAAACGGGCCGUUAUCGCGAAUUUAUCUCCGCUGGUCUUCUCUUCAUGACGCUAGGAUGGGGUCUACUCAUCGAUCUCAAGCCAUAUGCCUCCUGGUCCCGCAUUAUCAUUUAUCAGCUUAUCGGUGGUAUUGGAGUUGGUCCUAACUUCCAAGCGCCACUGGUAGCUUUACAAUCUAAUAUUCGUCCUGCUGAUAUGGCUACCGCAACUGCUACUUUCGGUUUCGUUCGCCAAUUGUCUACUUCUAUCUCUGUUGUGCUUGGCACAGUCGUCUACCAGAAUAUUAUGAGCCAGCAGGCUGGCAAAUUGACAGCUUCCAUUGGAGCAGAGCUUACGAAGGAGAUCUCCACUUCGUUCGCGGGCUCUUCAAAGGCUCUUAUCCAGAGCCUUAGUGAGUCUCAGCGUAAGGUUGUGUUGGAGUCUUUUACCUUCGCGCUGAGCAGAAUGUGGAUCCUUUAUACUGUUGUCGCCGGUGUGGGAUUCAUUGCUUCUUUGUUCAUUCGCCACACUGAGCUGAGCAAGACGCAUACUGUUCAGAAGACAGGUCUUGCUGAACAAGAACGCGCCCGUCAAGAACUAAUUGAUUCUCAACGGAAGGCGGAAGGUAAGCCUGAAACUGAGGUUUAG